AUCUGGUGGAUUCUCCAGAGACCAGCCUCCUCAGGUGUUAAAUGAGUUAGGCCCCAACUGUCCAGAAGAGUAGAACUGAAACCAAAAGAGAGCUGAACAGGACUGACUGCAGGAUUGCUGGGUGGUGGAAACUCCUCGGCCCCUCCAUCUGGGCUCCUGAGGAUAGGAGGGGCCGGGCAAGCAAGCCAGCUGGGCUAUGGUUUGGUGCCUCAGUCUGGCCAUCCUCAGCCUGAUCAUCAGCCAGGGGGCUGACGGUCGAAGGAAGCCUGAGGUGGUCUCUGUGGUGGGCCGGGCUGGGGAGAGUGCGGUGCUGGGCUGUGACCUGUUGCCCCCAUCUGGCCGGCCCCCUCUGCAUGUCAUCGAGUGGCUGCGCUUUGGAUUCCUGCUUCCCAUCUUCAUCCAGUUUGGCCUCUACUCUCCCCGAAUUGACCCUGAUUACAUGGGACGAGUCCGGCUGCAAACAGGAGCAUCUCUCCAGAUCGAGGGGCUCCGGGUAGAAGACCAGGGCUGGUACGAGUGCCGUGUGCUCUUCUUGGACCAGCACAGCCCCGAAGAGGAUUUUGCCAAUGGCUCCUGGGUGCACCUGACAGUCAAUUCGCCCCCUCAGUUCCUGGAGACCCCUCCCUCAGUACUGGAAGUGCUGGAACUAGAGUCAGUCACCCUGCGCUGCGUGGCCCAUGGUAGCCCCCAACCUCAUGUGACUUGGAAGCUCCAAGGAAAGGAUCUUGGCCAAAGCCAGGAUCAGGUGCAAGUGCAGAACGGGACGCUGUGGAUCCGCCGGGUGGAGCGGAGAAGCUCUGGAGUCUACACCUGCCAAGCCUCCAGCAUUGAAGGCAGCGCUACACACACCACCCAGCUGCUGGUUCUAGGACCCCCUGUCAUCGUGGCGCCUCCUAAAAACAGCACAGUCAAUACCUCUCAGGAUGUAUCCUUGGCCUGUCAGGCUGAGGCACACCCCGCUAACCUCACCUAUAGCUGGUUCCAGAAUGGCAUCAAUGUCUUCCACAUUAGCCACCUGCAGUCCCGAGUUCAGAUUCUGGUGGAUGGGAGCCUUCGCCUGCAGGCUGCCCAGCCUGAUGAUGCUGGCCUUUACACCUGUGUGCCCAGCAAUGGCCUCCUGCAUCCGCCUUCAGCCUCUGCCUAUCUCACUGUGCUUUACCCAGCACAGGUGACAGUGAUGCCUCCUGAAACACCCCUACCUAUUGGCAUGCGGGGGGUGAUCCGGUGCCCAGUUCGUGCCAACCCCCCACUGCUAUUUGUCAGCUGGACCAAGGAUGGGCAGGCCCUGCAGCUGGACAAGUUCCCUGGCUGGUCCCAGGGCCCAGAAGGCUCACUGAUCAUUGCUCUGGGGAAUGAGGAUGCCCUGGGAGAAUACUCCUGCACCCCCUACAACAGUCUUGGUACUGCUGGGCCCUCUGCUGUGACCCGUGUGCUGCUCAAGGCGCCCCCAGCUUUUAUAGAACGGCCCAAGGAAGAAUAUUUCCAAGAAGUAGGGCGGGAGCUGCUCAUCCCCUGCUCCGCCCAAGGAGACCCUCCUCCUACUAUCUCUUGGGCCAAGGUGGGCCAGGGGCUGCGAGCACAGGCCCAGGUGGACAGCAACAGCAGCCUCAUCCUGCGGCCAUUGACCAAGGAGGCCCAUGGGCGCUGGGAAUGCAGUGCCAGCAAUGCUGUGGCACAAGUGGCCACCUCCACCAAUGUCUACGUGCUGGGUACCAGCCCCCAUGUUGUCACCAAUGUGUCUGUAGUAGCUUUACCCAAUGGUGCCAAUGUCUCUUGGGAGCCUGGCUUUGAUGGUGGCUAUCUGCAGAGAUUCAGUGUUUGGUACACCCCAUUGGCCAAGCGUCCUGACAGAGCCCACCAUGACUGGGUGUCACUGGCAGUGCCCAUGGGGGCUGCACACCUCCUAGUGCCAGGGCUUCAGCCCCACACUCAGUACCAGUUCAGCGUCCUAGCUCAGAACAAGCUGGGCAGUGGGCCCUUCAGCGAGAUCAUCUUAUCUGCACCAGAAGGGCUUCCUACCACACCAGCUGCUCCCAGGCUUCCUCCAACAGAGAUGCCACCUCCUUUAUCCCCUCCCCGAGGUCUUGUGGCAGCCAGGACACCCCGGGGGGUACUCCUGCACUGGCAUCCUCCAGAACUGGUCCCUAAGAGACUGGAUGGCUACGUCCUGGAAGGACGGCAAGGCUCCCAGGGCUGGGAGGUGCUGGAUCCAGCUGUAGCAGGCUCCGAAAUGCAGCUACUGGUACCAGGCCUCAUCAAGGACGUUUUCUAUGAAUUCCGCCUUGUGGCCUUUGCGGGUAGCUAUGUCAGCGAUCCCAGCAACACCGCCAAUGUCUCUACUUCCGGCCUGGAAGUCUACCCUUCGCGAACGCAGCUGCCUGGCCUCCUGCCCCAGCCUGUUUUGGCAGGCGUGGUAGGCGGGGUCUGCUUCCUGGGCGUGGCCAUCCUCGUGAGCAUCCUGGCUGCCUGCCUCAUGAACCGGCGCAGGGCUGUCCGUCGUCGACGCAAACGCCUCCGCCAGGAUCCACCUCUGAUCUUCUCCCCGCCCAGGAAGUCAGCUCCACACUCUGCUCUGGGCUCAGGCAGCCCUGACAGCGUGGCCAAGCUGAAGCUCCAGGGCUCUCCAGUUCCCAGCCUGCGCCAGAGCCUGCUCUGGGGGGAGCCUGCCCUGCCCCUCAGCCCCAAUCCAGAUCCUCUCCCUGGCCGGGGACCCUUACCCCUGGAGCCCAUUUGCAGGGGCCCAGAUGGGCGCUUUGUGAUGGCACCCACUGUGGGGGUCCCCCAAGAAAGGUCAAGCCUGGAUGGGGCAGAACCUAGGAACUCAACUCAACGUCUGGCCCAGUCCUUUGACUGUAGCAGCAGCAGCCCCAAUGGGGCACCCCAGCCCCUCUGCAUUGCAGACAUCAGCCCUGUGGGGCCCUCUCCAGCAGCUCUGCCCAGCUCCCUGCCAGGUCCUGGACCCCUGCUCCAGUACCUAAGUCUGCCCUUCUUCCGAGAGAUGAAUGUGGAUGGUGAUUGGCCCCCUCUUGAGGAACCCAACCCUGCUUCACCUCAAGGUUACAUGGAUACUCGGCCCUGCCCCACCUCAUCUUUCCUUAGAUCUCCACAUUCCCCACCUACAACCCCUAGGGCUGCACUUCCUGGGGCUGUGGUACAGGGUGGGACCACCUCAGAGCCCCCCUACACAGCUUUGACUGACUGGACACUGAAGGAGCGGCUGCUGCCAGGCCUUCUCUCUGCUGCCCCUCGGGGCAGCCUCACAAGCCAGAGCAGUGGGAGGGGCAGUGCUUCCUUCCUGCGGCCUCCUUCCACAGCCCCUUCUGCAGGGGGCAGCUACCUCAGCCCAGCUCCAGGAGACACCAGCAGCUGGGCUAGUGGCCCUGAAAGGUGGCCCCGAAGAGAGCACGUGGUGACAGUCAGCAAGAGGAGGAACACAUCUGUGGAUGAGAACUAUGAAUGGGACUCAGAAUUCCCUGGGGACAUGGAAUUGCUGGAGACUUGGCCUUUGGGCUUGGCUGGCUGUCAUCCCCGACCUGAUGUUGAGCCAGAGCUAGGUAUGAAGACUCCAGAGGGCUGUCACCUGAACACUGCCCCUGCUUCUAGCCCUGAGGCCCGAUGUGCUGCCCUUCGGGAGGAAUUCCUGGCCUUCCGUCGACGCCGAGAUGCCACUAGGGCCCGACUACCAGCCUAUCGACAGCCAAUCCCCCACCCUGAACAGGCCACUCUGCUGUGAACACCCCUAAUGUGUGGCUGGGAAAAGGCAUAUGGACCUGCAAAGGAGCCCCUAACAAGACCUAGCUCCAGCCUCGUGCACUACCCCUGUACCUUUGUGCCCAGGCACAGACCCUGAGG